AUGGCUCACCCGACUCGAUCUCAGCAUUGCAGUAAAUCGGAGUUGGAUUUAUUCCUGGCUCCGAGUGUGCAGACUAACAUUGAACGAGGACAGUGGAUUGAAUAUUUUUCUGUCUCAAACAUUACCGAUUCUGGUCCUAUCGAAUUUAACGUCUCAGGCAGUGGAGAUGAGUUUACCGACUUGAGACAAACUUGGGUGUAUAACAAAGUAAUGAUUACCAAAGCUAAUGGAGCCGAUCUAGCCGACGACGAUAAAGUGGGACCCGUCAAUCUCUUCCAACAGGCCAUGUUCAGUCAAGUGGAUUUGACUAUCAACGAUAAAAUGAUAUCAACGUCUACCAACACCAACCCUUAUCGAGCUAUGAUCACCACCCUCAUGACUUAUGGAUCUGAUGCUAAGACCUCUCAACUUGGAGCAGAACUCUUUGUAAAAGAUACGCCAGGGAAAAUGGAUGCUGUGGAUCCUUUAGCUCUAGCUGCUAAUCGAAAUUAUGGUUUACAUACCCGAUAUAAACACAUCAAGGGGAGUUCUCCCUUUGAACUCAUGGGACCUUUACAUCUAGAUCUGUUUUGUCAAGACCGGUUACUGCUCAACGGAGUGACGCUACGUAUCAGACUCAAUAGAAGCAAGAACAGUUUUUGUCUCGUCUCUUCAGAAGCGGAUGCCAAUUAUAAGCUGGUUAUCUUACAGUCCACGUUGUAUAUCCGUAAAGUAAAGAUUUACGACGAUCCUUUCCUGGGUAUUGCURCUGCUUUAGAACAGGCACCUGCCCUCUACGCCAUUCGAAGAGUUGAAUGCAAAGCCAUGUCCAUUUCUACGGGUCAAAUGUCUUUCUCCCCCGACGAUGUCUUCUUAGGAUCUAUUCCUAAACGGAUCAUUCUGGGCUUGGUAGAAAACACAGCCUUUAACGGUUCAUUCAACAGAAACCCUUUCAAUUUCCAACACUUCAAAGCAACUCAAGUUGGAGUCUACGUCAAUGGCGAAAGUUACCCCAUGAAGGCAUUGCAACUCAAUUUUGAUCAAAACUUGUACCUCCCAGGAUAUAUGAGCUUGUUUUCUGGUACGGGAAGUCUGUUUCAUAACCAAGGCAAUCAGAUCAGUCGCGAGGAUUACCCCAACGGAUAUACACUGCUCGCCUUUGAUUUGAGCCCCGAUCUUUCCGCUGGACCUCACAUUUCCCCUAUAAAGCAAGGCAACCUUCGCAUCGGCAUUCAGUUUGCAGAACCCCUGCCUGUGACAGUCAACUGCAUCAUCUACGCCGAGUUUGAUUCUUUAAUUGAGAUUGAUGAGAAUCGAAACGUGACUUUUAACUGGUCGAGUUAA